AUGAGCUCAGAUCACGAACAGCCUGGCGCUACAGCCAUCCGAUACGUCUCGGAUCCUCGCUUCCAUCAGACCCUCACUCUCCCGGCGACUGCCGACCACGAGGCCCUCACUGUCAGCUUUGCGGAUGCUGGCCGAGCUCCAGAACCGCCCACGGGUCCCAGCCCUCCAACUGUCCUGUUCAUGCCUGGCAUGUUCGCGUCCCGCUAUCUGAGCAUCACCUUGCAUUUCGUCGCUCAGAAACUAGGCGUACGCGUUUUGGUCGUCGACCGACCCGGGAUGGGCAAGUCUACCGAUGUCCCCCUGGAACAGCGAGUCCCGGUCUGGCUUGAACUGGUGCCCCGUCUCCUGGAGCAUCUCGGUAUCAAGCAUGUCGCACUCGCGUCCCAUAGUGCGGGGACAAUUUAUUUACUGAACACGCUGUAUCAUUAUCGCGAUAUCCUCCACCCAGAAAAGCCGUCUGUGACGAUGCUGGCGCCUUGGGUUCACCCCUCCCACUCUCGCGUCACAUCGAUGCAACUGGCUCAAUACAUACCUGCCUCAGCCUUCAGUGUCUGGCAUCUCAUUCCCAAAUUCUUUGUUCUCAAGGCGGGGCCUGCUUUCGCUUCAAGUGGGGCGGUAGUUACCAAGGCUUCAAAUGUGAUUUCAGGCGGUGGUCAGGAUGAUUCUGAAUUGGAGAAGAACCGCCAAAGGAUGGAAACAGUCUAUCAACUGCCUCGUGACGUGCAAAUUGAAAUAGACGCCUUGGUGAUGAAGAAAGUGUUUGAGGAGAAUACCGUCGGCGCGAAUAGCGAGGCGUUGCAGGUCUUGAAGAAGGGACCGGCAUUGUCAUGGGGGAAGUGUGAGGAUUACGAAAUUUUCGUGAGGGAGGUAGUUGACCGUGAGCGGAAUAGACGGAGUGCCGGGAACAAUGAAGGGAUGCCCAAAUUGAAGGUGGCCGCCUACUUUGCCGAGACGGAUGCCUUGGUUGGUCCCAAGGGACAGGCCUAUAUGGAGGAGUGCUGGAAAGGAAAAGAAGAGGGGGAGUUCGGGGAUGUGAUCGAUUUCGAAACUCAUACUGUUCAUGGAGCUGACCAUGACAGUGUAAUGCAAUCCGCGGUGGUUCUGGAGAAGCUUUUCAUCGCUGCCGGAGGGGUGAUGAACGAGAAUGCGGCGUGA